AUGAGUUCCCUUCUCAUCAAGAACGGAACAAUUGUUAAUGCCGAUUCCGAGGCCAUUGGCGAUGUUCUCAUUAAAGACGGCAAGAUUGUUUCUGUUAGUCAGAAUUUAGCUGCUCCAGAAGGCGCAAAGAUAAUUGAUGCUACUGGCAAGUAUGUCUGCCCAGGUGGUAUCGAUCCACAUACACACAUUGAGAUGCCAUUAGGCAAUUUCAACACAUCUGAUGACUGGGUCCAUGCUACAAGAGCCGCUGUCGCUGGUGGCACAACAUGCGUCAUCGAUUUCAUUCCAGUAGCCAAAGGCGAGAGCCACAGCGAGUGGAUUGACAAGUGGGAGAAGACAGCCACAAAGUCAACAAUCGAUUAUUCCUUACACAUGUCUGUAGUCGAUUGGAAUGAUGAGGUUAAAGCAGCCUUAGAAAAGGCAAUCGCACACGGCAUCAACUCUGCCAAGUGCUACCUCGCAUACAAGGGCCGUAUCAUGCUCGAUAGCGAUCAGGACUUCUUACAAUUCUUCGAAUUCGCCGGCAAGCACGGUAUGCUUCCAAUGGCUCACUGUGAAGAUGGUGAGAUCAUUACAUACAUGGCAGCCGAUCUCGUCGCCCAAGGAAAGACACAACCAAAGUGGCACCCAGAAUCUCGUCCAGCAUGGUGCGAAGGGUCAGCUGCUAAGCAUGCUGCUGGCUAUGCUGCUGCCGCACAUUCUCCUCUCUACAUUGUCCACAAUACAUGCAUCGAUGCCCUUAAUGUCGUUGCUAAUUUCAAUGCAGGCGAAUAUCCAGUCAUUGGCGAGACAACAAUCUGCCACCUUACAUUAACAAAGGAAAUCAACAGCAAUCCUAACUUCGAUAUCGCUGCAGGAGCUGUCUUAUCUCCACCACUCAGAACAGAAGCAGAUAGACAAGCUCUUUGGGGAGGAUUUAGAAAGGGAAUCCUCAAGACAAUCGCUACUGAUCACUGCCCAAUCGAUUUACAAUACAAGCGCCGCGGAAUGGACGAUUUCAGAAAGAUUCCAAACGGUUGCCCUGCAAUUGAAGAGAGAAUGGUCCUCGCUUGGAACUACGGUGUCGACAAAGGCUUAAUCUCUCCAAUGGAGUACGUUCAGGCCACAUCUACAAAUGCUGCCAAAAUCUUCGGUUUAUGGCCACAGAAAGGUGCCAUCCAAGAAGGUUCUGAUGCAGAUAUCGUAAUUAUCGAUCCAAAGGCCAAGCGCACAAUCAACCACGAUUCUCAGAAAUCCGCCGUCGACUACAACCUUUGGGAAGGUCUCGAAGUCACAGGUGUCCCAGUCAUGACCCUCUCAAGAGGUGAAAUCGUCUGGGAAGUCGAAGUUAAGGACGGAAUUGCCCAAUACAAGGAAGGAAAGCUUACAGCAACAGAGGGCAGAGGUCAUUUCAUCGCAAGAAAGGCUUUCGUUCCAUAUGUUUAUGGAAGAAAGAUCCAACAUUAA